GCUCUUUCAUUACCUCUCCACGACUCGUCGUAUACUACCGUUGAACGCCAUAUACAUUGAGGAAUGCCCGACAUGGUCCCAAUGUCAGUAGCUCAACCCCAAGAACGUCAGUUCAACCCAUACAGUGAUAACGGUGGGACGAUCCUUGCUGUUGCCGGCGCCAACUUCAGCGUUAUUGCUGGUGACACCCGCCAGAGCGAGGGGUACAGCAUCCAGACGCGGUAUGCGCCCAAGGUGUUCAGAUUGACGGAUAAGGCAGUGUUGGCCGUUAACGGAUUUGCAGCUGAUGGGAACAUGUUCGUGAAGAAGGUCAAGCAACGUCUAGAGUGGUACCGCCAUGCCCACUCCAAAGACAUGCCCUUACGUGCGGUCGCGCGACUCAUUCAAUCUAUGCUUUAUGCCCGACGAUUUUUCCCUUACUACGUGUACAAUAUUCUCGGAGGUAUCGAGGAAGACGGUUCGGGUGCAGUCUAUUCCUUCGACCCCGUGGGCUCGUACGAGCGCGAAGCCUGCCGUGCAGCUGGUGCAGCAUCUUCACUUGUACAACCCUUCCUGGAUAACCAGAUUUACUUCAAGAACCAGACUCCGGCUCCUGGAACGUCGCAUCCGGCACAUCUAGCCUUGACCGACGUACUCGCACUCGUGAUCGAUUCAUUCACCAGUGCGACGGAACGGCAUAUCGAGGUCGGAGAUGGUCUUGAGAUGUACGUUGUUUUGGCGAAAGGAAGCCCUCUUCAGGGUCUGGAACUGGUUCAAGGGGUCCAAGAGAUGUCAACUACCACAGAUGGCGAACGCGUCUUUAUCGUCCGGAGAAACUUGAAGAGAGAUUGAAUGUUUAUCUUGCAAUCUGUAAUAAAACUGUGUUUCCUAUCUCUGUUUUCUCUUCCUUAUCUUCUGCCCAUCUCAUGCUCGAUCCCAUCUCUCUUCUGGUGGAUACGGUUUACGUUCAGUACUCGGACUUUACUCAUGACCCUUGUGUUCCCAUUUUAGCUGCGUUGUAUAGACUUGUGCACGCCUUUUGUUCAUAUCUUGUUAUUUACUGUAUCGUCUGCUUGUAGAGGAUUUUAAAACGACGAACAUUGCAUACCAACAACAUGUAUAUGUAAUUUCUUGAUCAUAGGUUCAAAAUUGAUCAAUCUUUGAGCGUUGAA